AUGCCUCCAAAGAAACAAAAUGCACCGUCUUCAUCAAAGGCUCCCGUCGACAAGACGUUUGGGAUGAAGAAUGUUCCGGAUCGUGCGCUACAAAUCCAGAAAAACAAGUCGGCCAAAGUGCAAAAGUAUGUACAGCAAGUACAGAACGAACAAGCUCGAGCUGGCAAGACACCGGCUGCUCUGGCCAAGGAGAAAGAGAAAGAAUUACGGGCCAAGGAAAAGGCGGCGGAGGAGAAGCGAAAGAAGGAGGAAGCAGAGCUGUUCAAGCCAGUUCAGGCGGUACAAAAGGUACCGUUUGGUGUUGAUACGAUGGAUAACUGGGACGAGGAAAAGCUACGAAAAGUCGUCCUUUCAAAAGCUGGGAAUCCACGGACGACGACCGAUAUUGUCUGCAAAUACUUUAUCGAGGCGAUUGAGACGAAAAAGUUUGGUUGGUUCUGGGAGUGUCCGAAUGGUCAGGACUGCAUGUAUCGACACGCGCUUCCGCCAGGCUUUGUACUCAAGUCGGAGAAAAAGGCGCUCGACGAUGCGGCCAAGGCGAACACAAUCUCUCUCGAAGAGUUUCUGGAAGUCGAGCGGCACAAAUUGGGACCGAAUCACACCCGUGACCCCGAAACGUUUGCCCAGUGGAAAAAACUCGACUAG